UCCAACAUUUUUAUGAAUGAAGACAUGCGCAAGAACUCGAAUGGCCAUGAAGCGGUAAGGCAGGGGCGCCGCCAACACAGCCUUAACAUCUGCGCUGGUUCAAGCCGCUCUUCGUUCAAGUUUCGUACUUGUCUUGAUUCUGGAUGGAGCUGUACUGAGUUUAUAUGCUCAGAUCCUUGUUUUUCAUCUCCGUGCAUGAAUGGUGGGUUGUGUUCAAAGAUGGGUGAUUACUACCAGUGUCUGUGCCCGCGGCACUACACAGGAACAGAAUGCCAAACUCAAGUAUCCGACGAUGCCUGCUACGAUGGAUAUGAAGUGAUAUUAUAUAAUGGCAAAACCUUUUUUAAUGACAUCUGUCAGCAGACGUGUGAGUGUAAAGAUGGUGUGAUAACAUGUGAUCCCACCGAUUCGUGCCCGGAACCUGCGUGUACCAAUCCUGUGUACCUCCCGAAUCGAUGCUGUCCGGUCUGCUGGCCUGCAGAAAAAGAUGGAUUUUGUCCAAAAACGUCUUUCUCUGAUAUUGGAACAUGCGAGGAAACAUGUCGGCACGAUGAUAAUUGUACCGGUGACCAGAAAUGCUGCUUCAACGGCUGUGGGUUAUCGUGCACGGAUCCACAAUCAGAACCAACAACUUUAUGUGAGCGAUCUCCUUGCCAGAACGGAGGAACUUGUAUUGACAUUUUGUCAACUGUGAUUAUGUGCCAGUGUUCUCCGGGUUUUCAUGGAAAUCAUUGUGAAAUACCAGAUGGACAGCCUUGUUACUAUAAUGACGAAUUUUACAGGGAUGGACAAAUGGAACAAUUCUACCAAUAUUGUUAUAACUGGUAUGUAUCUAGAUCUAGAUUAAAUUGUACAUACCUUGGAACACAACUUCGGGACGGAGAAUCGUUUCACGAAACCUGUAAUUUUUGCGUUUGCAAAGAAGGAGAAGUACAUUGCGAUGGUUCCUUGUGUGAUGAAGAGAAACCUGGGACUUGUCCAGAUCAAAACGGUGAAGUUGGAACUUGUGUUACCGAAUGCAGGCUUGAUACGGAGUGUCCGGGAUUAGAAAAAUGUUGUAGUAAUGGAUGUGCGGAUGUCUGUCGUUUACCACAAGAACAAAAUAAUCCAUCAUCCUGUUACUUCGAAGACGACUGGCAUGCAGAAGGUCAAAUAUUUCAUGCUGGCUGUGGCAGCUGCUUUUGUACAAACGGAUCAGUUGUUUGUAGAACGCCAAUAUGCCCGCUGGCUGAUUGUUAUGACCCAGUGUAUGUUAAAUCCGAAUGCUGCCCUGUUUGUAUUGAAGAUUUCACCCAUCCCGGAGAAUGUCCCAGUGUCCCUACUACUACUACUACUACUACUACUACAACUUAUUCGCCAACUUCAUGUGAUUUUGAUUGUUCCCACGACUAUGACUGUAACUCAACUGCAAGGUGUUGCUCGACAGGUUGUGGAUCGAGUUGCAUGGUAGCAGUGGCAUUAGAUCACGAAGGAAUGUGUCCCUUUUUGGCCAACGAUGGUCUUGUAUACACCCAUGAAACAGAAUGCCAGAUAGAUGACCACUGUGCACCAAAUGAAAAGUGUUGCUAUGAUUUAUAUGGAACAAAAGUCUGUUUGGAAUCUAUACCAGAAGAUUCAAUAAUUUGUGAAGAUAAACCAUGUAAGAACGGCGGGACUUGUGAAGGCUCAUUUAGAGAGCUCUGGAUUUACCAGUGUCACUGCACAGAUGGUUACGCAGGAAUCUACUGCGAAGACCUAGUCGCUGAUCGUUGCCACGUGGCUGUCAACCCAUGCUCGAAUGGAGGAACUUGUACUGGUAACCCGGGAUAUCCAUGUGAAUGCGUAUUGGGAUAUACAGGCCCGUUUUGUAACGAGAGUUGUGAUGCAAGUAUCUGUCAGAAUGGAGGAAAAUGUACUGGUUAUGAUUAUUAUCCCUGUUAUUGUGAUUUCGGAUUCGCUGGUUCUUUUUGUGAAAAAGCUGUGUGUGACCCAAAUCCUUGUCAAAACGGCGGUACUUGUACAGGAAUUGAUUGGUUACCAUGUUUAUGUACAUAUGGUUUUGGUGGAUUUCAUUGCGACGAAAACGACCCCUGCGCUUCGAGUCUAUGCAUGAACGGCGGCAGCUGUAUAGUACAUGGCUUCGGUCCUUAUGGAGAUGUUUUUAACUCUACUGAUGACGCUGGUGAUUUGUACUGUUAUUGCCUUCCAGGAUUUGGAGGCGAUUUUUGCGAAACUGAUUUGUGUUCCCCGAAUCCAUGUCAAAAUGGAGGUACUUGCUUAGGAUAUGAAACCCUACUAUGUUACUGUCCAUACGGCUAUUCCGGAGACAAUUGUGAAGAAGAGGAUAUCUGUGUUUCGGAACCGUGUAUGAACGGCGGCUACUGUAUUGGGUAUUCAAGCUAUUUUAAUAGUACUUCUGAUGCUCCUUGUCUUUGCAGUUCUGGAUAUGGAGGCGCCUUUUGUGAGGAAGAUUUGUGUGACCCCAAUCCGUGUCAAAAUGGUGGAAGUUGUUUGGGACUUUCUUAUUGGAUGUGUAUCUGCCUUCCUGGUUUCGGUGGAGAUUAUUGCGAUGAAGAGCGUCAAUAUAGCUCGAAUUGGACUUUCAGUCCUUUGGAAUAUUCUGAGUCACGGGUUACUGGGUAUUAUUCAUCGGAUACUACAGAUUGGCCACCAAUGGUCUCUAAACAGGAUAGUACUUUUUAUGAGGACCCGUGCGAAUGUAACCCUUGUUUAAACGGUGGCACGUGUGAAAAUAUCGGCUACUACUACCAGUACUUUCCGUUUUACUGUGAAUGCCUUCCUGGCUUUGAUGGCACUACCUGCGAAAAAGACAUCAGGUGUGACCAUAAUCUUUGUAGCAACGGAGGGACAUGCGUGAGGUACGAAGAAUAUGACUAUAGUGUUUGUUUUUGUCCUAAGGAAGUGGCAGGAGAAUUUUGCGAAUACGCACCAUGUAGCGGUAUACCAUGUCUGAAUGGCGGAACUUGUCGCCCCUUCCAUGGUGAAACCUACAUCUGUACUUGCCCUCCAGGUACAUCCGGGGAUAACUGUCAAUUCCAUGAUGCAGCCGUUUGUGCUGAAUCACCUUGUAAGAAUUUUGGAAGCUGUAUGGAAUUUCAAGAAGCUGCCGAUUGUUCAUGCGUUCCUGGUUUUACUGGAAAGUUCUGUGAGAUCGCCGUCAAGGAGACUGUGUGUUCAGACGGAACACCUCCAGAUACCUGCUUCUUUGACCCAUGUCAUGUGGCUAGGUGUCCGAAGAACCCCAAUGCUCACUGCGCGUCUAACUACUGCGGAUGUAUCGCAGAAUUCUACGAUGAAGAUGGCAAUAUGGUUGACUGUCAUGACUGCCCAUUUGGAGACAUGGUGACGUGCGUGAUAGACCCUUGCACCGUCAUGACUUGCGCCAAAUACCCAACUGCUGAGUGUCAAGUAAACUACUGCGGGGAAUGCAAAGCAGAAUUUUUCGAUGACCAAGGGAAUCAAAUGAAUUGCGAAACUACUUGCCUGUAUAAAGGACAGAAUUACAACAAACAGGAUCGACGAGAUCACGAAGAUGCGUGCAACACUUGUGUCUGUUUGAAAGAUGGAACGUGGGCUUGUACAGAAAAAGCAUGUCCAGAUAACACUAUUCUUCAGUUGGGUUUCAGUUUAGAUUUGGAUUUCGAUCGUAUCGAGAACAACCAAGAAGAAUUUAAAAAUGAGAUUAAAAACACGUUGGCAUCAAAAUUUCGAGUCCCUAAAGAAAAUAUCAAAGACGUACAGUUACGUAGGGGCAGUGUUAUUGUUGAGUUUAAACUUGUCGAUGAUGAUAACAUUGAUGCUGAGGCAGUGGCUGACCAAAUGGUCGAAGAGCUUGAUUCUGGGAAUGUGGAAUUCGUAUAUGCCAACCAAAGCAUUCCUGUCAUUAAAGGAAGUGUUCAGGAACCACGAGUAAUUAAACCGGAGGAUACACCAAAAGACGAGAACGAUCAUGUGAAGAUUGGCAUCAUUGCGGCUAGUGUUAUUAUUGUCGUGGUUGGUGCGGCUAUUGUCAUCGCACUCAUCGUGCACUUCAAAAAAAGAACAAAGAAUGUAGAUCAUCAAGAUACCACGAUCCUAAGACCGGUGGACAACACCUACACUGGUUUGGAUAAAGGAGUGGACAACACCUACACUGGUUUGGAUAAAGGAGUGGACAACACCUACACUGGUUUGGAUAAAGGAGGCAUGAAUGCACAACAGAUUUCUGCCAAUGUUAUUUACGACAAUAAGAGCGGCGCUACCAUCCAAGGCACAAACAACCCCACUAUUUUAACUGUAGCAAUAAAGGAAAGAGAGAAAAAAACUAAAACUACCUGA